AUGGAUGUAAUUAAUAAAACAAAAUUAUCAAAUAUGAUUAUAAGUCCAUCAUUUACAUGGUGUUUUUUAAUGCCAUCAAUACAUUUAUUAAGUUUAAUGUCAAAUAUACUUUGUAUAAUUGUUUUUUGUUCAAAUGUAUUUAUUAAAAAACCAAUAGCUAUUUAUUUUAUUUGUCUAUUAAUAAGUGAUUCAAUAACAUUAUUAAUUGGUUACAUUGAAAUGAUCGAUCGAGAAUCAAAUAUGAUUGAUAAAUCUUCAUGGUUAUGCAUGUUCAAUGAAAAAAUUAUACAUAAAUUAACAGAUUUUAUUUAUACAUUUAUGGGACGAUUUUGUCUUGAAUGGUUUUUAUAUAAAGUUUUAUGGACGCGUGCAUCAACAAUUUUACUUGCUAUAUUAAGUGUACAACGAUCAAGAACAUUUUUUUCAUUAUCUUAUCAUGAAUCACGUUUAUAUGCAUUUCUUGCAUGUAUAUUUAGUAUUAUUAUGGCUGUAACAAUAACAUGUUUAGAAUGGAUUGGUGUACAUUAUGACAAAGUUAAUGAUUCAAAUCUUUAUGUAGAAAUUUUUCAAUCGAUUAUUAAUACGCAAUCAUCACAAGAGUUUUAUUCAACAGUUUUUUAUCGAGAUUAUAAUGAAUCAAUGACUAAUUAUCGAUGUAUAGUUGAAUCAUUUAAUGUAACAUCUUUUCCUGGUCUAACUCAUCAGUACAAUUGUUCGUCAAAUGAAAUAGCAUCGGAAUUUCAUACCUUAACUAAAUCAUUACUAUCUAAUCGUGAGGUAGAAACUACAGAGAAUGUAAUGAAUAUAUUAACAAAUAUUAUCUCUACUGAUUAUAAUUUAUCUGAUAAUUCAAUAUUAAUUAAACAUAAAAAAAUCGCUAAAUCACCUGAUUUCAUAUUAAAAUUAUUUGAAAAACGUUCUUGUCAAAUCGAAUUAAGUUAUUCAUUAUGGUUAAAAACAUUUAAUUUUCUUCAUUCCGUAUCAUUUUCAUUUAAUCGUCAUACAUUAGCAAUAUUUUUUGGUAAUGCAUUACCAUCAUUUAUUGUUGUUCUUGCUAAUCUUUUAUCAAUAAAAGUAAUUUAUUUUUCGAAAAGUUUAAAAUAUUUAAAACAAUCAUCAAGAAAAAAUCGUCGUAAACAUCGUUUACAAAAUGAUUUACGUGCAUUUCUUGUUAUAUUGGUUGAAAGUUUUUCAAUUAUAAUGAUAUCAUGGGGUAUACCAAUAUUUUUAACAAUGUAUCAUUGUCAUACAUUAUAUGUUGUAACUAUAAGUGCAUGUCCAAAAAUAAAAGAUUAUUUAGCAUUAUUUCUUUUUACCGAUUUAUUUAAUUCGUCAACAAAUUGUUUAUUAUAUUCAUUAUCAGGAAAAUUAUUUCGAACGAAAUUUAUUUUUAUUGUUAAACGAAUACUUACAUGUGGACGUGGAACAUUAUGGAAAGUACAACAAAAUUCAUUAACUGCAACAAAUCUACCAUUCGAACGACAACCAUCAAAUAAUCCAUCAAUAAAUAAUAAUAAUAAUAAUAAUAAUAAUAAUAAUAUUGAUAAUCAAUCAUCAAGACGGAGAAAUUAUCGUUAUUCAGAAGGUUUAUCGUUGUCACUAGUUGAUGAUCAAAACAGAAAAUCAAAUAAUUCAAUAAAACUAAAAACAACAACAUAUAACCAGAUACGUGUACAAAAUAAUACUAUAUCUAAUGAUAGUUCUUUAACCACGCGUAAAGUAAGUGAUGAUCAUCAUGAUGAGAAAAAUUCCACAAGUGAAAUUGAAUUCGAUAUAAUAAGAAAAUCAAAAGAUACUGAACCAAGACAAAAUUCUCAAUCAAUAAAAUUAUUUUUACUUAAUAAAGUACGAUCAUUGAGUUUUACAAAUAAUACAAAUAACAAAGCUAUUGAAUUAAAACGUCCAGCAGCAACAUUGACAGUAGAUAAACGAAAAGUUCGAACGAAAAAAAAUUUUUUCAAACCAUUUACUUUAAAACGACAAGCAACAACUAAUUUAUCAUUUUCAACAUCUUCAAUUACCGCUAGUAGUAGUUAUGGUUCACAACGAAAAUAUUCACCAAAUAAUCAUUAUUCAUUAUCAAAAUUAAUAUUGAAUAAUACAACAGAUAAUCGACCGAUAGUUAAAGGGAGUAUUUUUGAAAAUUUGACAAGUUUGUAA